UGCGAGCGGUAAUGGACGGUAGACGAAGAUAAAACCCGUGUUUUGUUUUAGCAUGUUUUUAAAGUGGUGACCGGGGUGAAUCUAGUGUGUGCAUGUUUUUCCCAUUAAAUUAUGCGUGCAGUUUAUAGUUAAUCGAAAAUGUUCCGCUGCAUACCGAUAUUCAAGGGCUGCAACAGACAAGUUGAAUUUGUUGAUAAAAGACACUGUUCGCUGCCGAACGUUCCUGAGGAUAUUCUACGGUACUCGAGGAGUUUGGAGGAGCUGCUGCUCGAUGCGAACCACAUCCGGGACCUUCCGAAGAACUUCUUCCGAUUACACCGACUCAGGAAACUAGGAUUGAGCGACAAUGAAAUACAUCGGUUGCCGCCAGACAUUCAAAAUUUCGAAAACCUGGUGGAGCUGGACGUUUCCAGAAAUGACAUCCCGGAUAUUCCGGAGAGCAUCGGCUCGCUGAAGGCGCUGCAGGUGGCGGACUUCAGUUCGAACCCGAUACCGAGGCUGCCGCCCGCCUUCAGCCAGCUCCGUGCCCUCACCGUCCUCGGACUAAACGACAUGUCCCUAACGUCGUUGCCGGCCGAUUUCGGUAUGCUGACUGCCCUCACGUCGCUGGAGCUCAGGGAGAACUUGCUCAGGGAGUUGCCCGCCUCGUUGGCCUCGCUGGCGAAGCUCGAACGACUUGAUCUCGGCGAUAACGAGAUUGAGGAACUGCCUGCUCACAUUGGCAAGUUGCCUGCCUUGCAAGAACUGUGGCUGGACCACAACCAACUCCAAGGAUUGCCUCCCGAGAUCGGCCAGCUGCGCAACCUUUCUUGUCUCGAUCUUUCCGAGAACCGACUGGAAAACCUGCCGGAAGAAAUAGCCGGCCUCGAGAGCCUCACCGAUCUCCAUCUGUCGCAGAACGUGCUGGAGACGUUGCCGGAUGGCAUCGGCAAACUGGACAAGUUGACCAUCCUAAAAGUGGAUCAGAACAGACUAACCUCGCUCAAUUGCAACAUCGGCUGUUGCCGCAACCUGCAGGAACUGAUCCUGACUGAGAACUUCCUAAGCGAACUGCCCACCGAAGUCGGUAAUUUGAUCAAACUCACCAACCUAAACAUAGACCGGAAUAGUUUAACGAGGAUACCGGACGAUCUGGGCAACCUUCACGAACUGGGCGUGCUCAGCUUGAGAGACAAUCGGCUCACGCUCCUGCCCGAAUCAUUGGGCAGCUGCAAACGGCUGCACGUUCUCGACGUGUCGGGCAAUCGACUGCCCUAUUUGCCAUACUCAAUCCUGCAGCUCAGUCUGAAGGCGAUAUGGCUGAGCGACAACCAGGCGCAGCCGUUGCUCACCUUCCAGACGGACACGGACGCGGACACCGGCAAAACGGUGCUGACAUGCUUCUUGCUACCGCAGCAGGAGUAUCAGCCGACGAUAGCUUCCGACGGCCGCUUGUACCGCUGCGACGUAGCCCCCGCCCUAUCUAACGGUGCCUUGGCCGCAGGCGCCGGUGCCAACGACGAGAUGGCCGCCACCGACGACGAGGACGACUGGGAGGAGAAGGAGGCGAGCCGACAGCACAGCGUCAAAUUCACCGAUCCGCAGGACACGGACAAUAGAGAGACACCAUUCGUGCGCCACAACACCCCCCAUCCGAAGGAACUGAAGGCCAAGGCCCACAAGCUGUUCAGCAAAGGCCAGAACUCUUUGGAGGAGAGCGACGUGGCCGAAACGGCUGAAGCAAUCAACCCGACUAUGAGGAAAGCCGAACAAGUGGAGCAGCCUCCGCAACAGGUCCCACCCCCGCAGAUCGUCGAAGAGGUGCCGGUUGCUCACGUCGUGAGCAACGGGGCUCCGGAGGAGAGCGAGAGUCCGGACGACGGUUCGGACGACGCCAGCGAUGAUCAGCAAGUGGUGCUGCGGCGGGUUGGUUUCACCGGCGGGGUGCCGUCGGCCGACGAUUCGGACGCCGCGACGCGUCCCAGCCGUCUGCACAGGCGCGACACGCCGCACCAUCUCAAGAACAAACGCAUCAAUUCGGCCGCCGUCGACAAAGACAAAGUCGCCUCCAUUAUUGCACAGGCCCUCAGGCGCAAGGAGGACGAGACGGAGCCAGCGAGCGCCACACCGCCCGGUUCCGUCGGCGAACGGAGCACCAGCAGCCAAGCUGGCGACUCAGAUUCAACAGUGGAGUUACGAGAGGAACGCUACGAAAUCCACAUCGAGAAAUCCCAAACGGGACUCGGCCUCUCGAUCGCAGGAGGCCGCGGCUCCACGCCGUACAAGGGCGACGACGACGGCAUCUUUAUAUCACGCGUCACCGAAGCCGGACCGGCCGAUUUGGCCGGUCUGCGCGUCGGCGACAAGGUCCUUAGCGUGAACGGCGUCUCGAUGGUAAACGUACGACACUACGACGCCGUCGAGGUGCUGAAGGCCUCCGGCGCCAUCCUCGUGCUCGAGGUUAGCCGUGAGGUCACCAGGAUAGUGAGAGGCUUCAACAGAAGCGACGUCUCCACACCCACACCGUCCAACAAGCCGGAAACUUAUCACGUGCCGCCGCCCCCGCUGCAACCCGUCGACGACGACGUGGUAUUGCAGAAGGUGCUGGUCAACACCACCCUGAUCAGGGACUCGAGGGGCUUGGGAUUCAGCAUAGCGGGCGGCAAGGGUUCGCCGCCUUUCAAGCCCGACUCGGAUGCGAUUUACAUAUCGCGCAUCACCGAGGGCGGUGUCGCACACAAGGACGGCAAGCUGUGUCUGGGCGACAGAGUCGUGUCGAUUAAUGGUUCGGAUUUGACCAACGCGACACACAAUCAGGCCGUUGCGCUGCUGACUGGUUUAGAAAGAUUCGUGCGGCUGACGGUGGAAAGAGAAAUUGCCGUUUCGAAGGACAGUCCUUCGCCCUCACCCGGGCCGCAACAGUCGCCCAGGUUACUGGGCGGACCUAAACCUUACACCGGAUUGUAUGCCACCAACAGUUAUAUGGCCAACAGGCCCGGAUACACCGGUUACAGAAGAUCUCUCGAAGCAGACGUUAAGAAGGUGAACGAGCCGGAGCCGACGACAAAACAGGAAUUGCCAGAGGUGCCAAAGAUAAACGGCAUAGACCACCACCAGCAGCAACAGCAACAGCAGCAGCCGGUGGCGCCGAAACCGGCGCCUCGCCGCCUAAACAGCGCCGACACGACGCAGCAACAGAACGCUGUGCCCCACGCCAACACCAACGGCACGAACCACACGAACCACAAACGGGCGACGCCCACCUCGUCUUUAGAGGGCGACGAUGCACAGGUACACCCGCGACCGAUCACUAACGAAGAGUUCCAAGCAAUGAUACCCGCCCACUUCCUAAAACGUUCCCCCGACGAUCCCUCCAACCCCGACAAUCACGCGAACGCCGAUAAUAGUCACCCCGCGUCCGCGAACUCGGUCACGACGGUCACCAUCAAGAAACCGGAUCCCAUCGAGCUGCCGCCGGCGCCCACUGGGCCCGGACGCGUCACCGAGACCAUCACCAAGAGCACCUUCACCGAGACGGUGGUUACUCGCAUCACAGACAAUAAGUUGGUCGAGCCCCUGAUCAUCGAGGACGUCACGUUAAGCAAGGCCACUGGUUCACUAGGUUUUAGUAUUAUUGGGGGCAUCGACCAUUCCAGUAUUCCAUUUGGUGCUAAGGAACCAGGAAUAUUCAUUUCACAUAUGGUGCCGGGAGGUACUGCAGCAAGUUGUGGCAAAUUGCGUGUGGGCGAUCGAAUUUUAAAAGUAAAUGGAACAGAUGUCACUUCUGCAACUCACCAGGAAGCCGUCAUGGAACUUCUGCGGCCUGGAGAUAGUAUAACGCUUACUAUAAGGCAUGAUCCUUUGCCUGAAGGAUUCCAGGAACUGGUGAUCGAAAAAGGCGAUUCCGAAAAACUGGGCAUGCACAUUAAGGGCGGACUGCAAGGACAGCGCGGCAACCCGCUCGACCAGUCGGACGAGGGCGUCUUCAUCUCGAAGAUCAAUUCAGUAGGGGCGGCACGUCGCGACGGUCGUCUCCGUACCGGAAUGCGCCUAUUGGAGGUGAACGGUCGCUCUCUGUUGGGCGCCACACACCAGGAGGCGGUACACGCGUUGCGUUCCUGCGGAAAUUACAUCCGCCUGGUCGUGUGCAAGGGCUACGACCGCUCAGAAAUCGACAAGGCGGUCGCCGAAGGUCGACUGCACAGCAGGGGAGGAUCCGUCAGCAGUCGGUCGCACAGUGUCAGCUCUCUCGAUGUUCCCGACGAAGACAGUCAACAGGAACACAAAAUGAAAUCGGAACUUGUCCAGUUCGAGAAAGAGGAGGCGGAGAAACGGCUGCAGGCUGUGGACCGUUCCGAGGAGGAUCUCUCUUUGGUGGAGGCGAAGGCGACGACGCCCGCCGAGAAAGUGCUGGACGUGGUACGCGCCGUCGAGACGUUGGCGCAGGGUCCGAUCGAGAAUUCAGUGCCGCCCAAGUCGCCGGGCGGACCGAAUUCCGAACUGAAAACGACCACGAUCGUAAUGAGCAAACACACCCUCGCCGCUCAACCCACCACGGACGACUUUAAGCAUGCCUCAACCUUGCCUAAAACACUAAAACCACACACGACGGUGGAUUCUGACAGUUUGCAACGGCAACAAUCCCUACCUGAUUCCCAAUCUGAUUUUAUACGUGACCACCCCAAACUCGAACACGAGAACCUCAGAAUUAGCCUUAAAGACCUUCCUCCCCCAGACGAGCAUAUUGUUGUAAAUGACAUCUUCGUUGUACCUCCUCCGGAGGUGUACAGCGAAACACAAGCAGAAAUCGGCAGUCAGUACAACUUAUACUCUGUAGAUACGAAUAGUACAAUUGAUGAAUCCAGAAACAGGCUGGACUCGAUGGAGGUAAACGAAAUGGUUUUCCAUAUUCCCCGCAAUCCCGUAAACAACAGAUAUUCAAUGAUCGCUACUCCAACCCAGAAUCAAAUCAAAAACCUUGACGAAAUUGGUAAUUUUUCCCAAUCCGCUUUGGAUCUAGACUCGUACGUUUUGCAAGAUAUUCCGGAAAGCAAAUUGCUAACGGAUCUCGACAUUCCCAUAGUUCCACCACCUCCUGUAGAUUUAUUAGAUUCUUUGCCACCUAUAGUUCCACCUCCACCCAUGGCAGACGUUGAGAAUCGUGCGUCUUAUGACGAAGAUAAGUUUCCGCCACCUCCAGUUAUUCCUCCUCCAGAUGAUUCUCCUACAUCUAUCACACCACCUCCCUUGCCCAAUGUUCCGCCACCACUCCCAAAAAAACCUCCCCCUGUAAUUCCCAAGAAACCCGCCAAAGCGAAAGCAGUCAGUAUGGAACAUCUGUUGGAGGCCGACGCUCCGUCGCAAACAGCCAACAAACGUUUCUCUUUAUAUACUAAUAAGCAUGGGGACAUUGGACAGCCUCCACAGUCACCAAAGAGCAAUCCCGUAAAAUCUUCAGUAAGCGACAGAAAAAAAUUCUUCGAAACCGCUAUGGAAGAAAGUCAAAAACCUGCCAAACCUGAAAAAGUAUUCAGCUACUUGAGUCAGGACGAAAUCGAUAAAUUGCGAGCGGAAGAGGAGAAAAAGAUAGCCAAUUUGUCAGCGGCCGAGAUAAAUUCACUUGGUGGUUUAAUUGAACAUUCCGAUGAAGAAUCUGAAGAAUCCCAACCGACUACUAGACCGUCGAGCACUAUGGGAAUAGUGCGUACGGCGAAAGCCGAGAAACGGUACAGAGAACGUCUUCGUGAAGAAGGACUGCUGACCGAUGAAGACGAGAAUCAACUCUCUCCUGCCGAGGAACGAGCCCUGAAGGCAGAGAAGCGGGCGGCGUGGAGGGCAGCUCGCCUUAAAUCACUCGAGCAGGACGCCAUCCAAGCGCAGAUCGUCAUCAAAUCGAUGACGGACAUGGUGGGGGCGGGCGAAGUGGCGCCCCCCUCGCCCAUCCCUGAAGCACCGCACAACGACGAGACUAACUCCGCCCCCUAUUGCAUGUGUACGCAGCUGCGUCCCUCCAGUGCUGACUUCCCGAAGCUGGCGGUGCGCAGCAAGCCGGGUCAGACGAAGGUGAGGGAGAGCGAGAAAGUCCUGGGUGAGACGAGGACGACCAAGACGGAGGAGUACGUGGAUGACGCAACGGGCGAGAAACGCGUGCGCACCGUCGAAUACGUCGAGAAACUCAUCGAGAGAGAGGUAGAGACGCUGCAAGAAAAAAUUAUAUCCCUAGAAUUAACAAAACCGACCGAACUGACGCUGGACCUUUCCGUGAACGGUAACAGCAACGGCUCGGUCAAAGAGGAGGAUGUGGAGGACGAGGAGAGCGUCUCCGAGCCCCCCACACCGACUGCUGGAGAUGAAAAGAGCCUUGAUGCGGACUCAGUAGCUGCCAAUAAGAAGAAACGGAGGAAACGGUCCAAAAAGGGGAAGCACUAGUAAUUCACUAUUUUUUUUGUGGUAGUCCGAUCGUACAUCGCAGGUUAUCUCCAGGGUGGAUGGGUUUUAUAAUUCUUUUUUAAACUUAGUUUUUAUUAUCCUAAAUUAUUGUUGUAUUCCUGUACAAAGUAUUUAAUUAUUAUUUACAUAUUUUAUGUAUUCUUAAUUUUAUUGGUCGGUCCAGUGCUUUUGUGUAUUGAAUAAGUAACAAACACAUUUAGUACUAAAAUAUUUUUAUAUAAAUGUGGUGGUUAUACAAGACUAUAUUUUGCAAUAAUAGACAAUAUUACAAAAGUGCUUUGGAGAGUGACUUAAAUUUUAAUAUAUGAUGAAGUUUUA